GUAAAGGACACAAAACAGGCUUCUGCAUGAGCAAAGUUCAACACUUAGUCAACAGAAACAAACGGAAGAGCUGAGCUGAUACUCCACAUUAUUGUAACCCUGAGCUGGAGUAAGCACAAAAUAUGGAUCUUGAAUGUGUGAUUACUUAAUUAGACUUACCUCUGACAUUUAAAUGACAUUUACUUCUUUAAGUCAAAGUUAGUACGAUGUUAUCCUUUAUCACGUCGUUUCUUCCGACCUCCUACUUUCUACCUGGGUGGUUGACUCUAGAAACCAAUCCACUGGAUAGUUUACUUCAAGGACUGGUAGCUGCAUGUGGGAUCUCUGUGCUACGGUCCCUGAUGAGAUUGCUCUUAUUUUUAGAGGAAAGCUGGAGUGAUACAAAUGAUAAGGAUACAUCAAGCCAGAGGACGCCCAGUCAUCAAAGAACUCAAACUGGACUUACUGGGAUGCUCCAGUUUUUCUUUGUGACUGGGCUGCUGGCUGUAGUAGGCUCCCGUGUUGCCUCCCUGGUGGUACUAGAGUUUUGUCUUCGAGGAGUCUCUGGAUGGGUUACAGCUGGACCGGAGUCCAGGAAAUUUCUGCAGCAGCUGUUAGUUCAAAGCCAGUUCUCUCUGGGCUGUGCCCUGAGUUGCAGUUUGCAUUUUCUCCACGAGGGGGCAUCCCAUCGCUGGUUAUGCCUGCUCCUGGCAGCAGCACUGAGCUGGCUCCUGGCUAGGCAGGCCUCACUCCUGCUGCACCAUGUCAUGGCUCUGUAUAAACUCCACAGCUCACAGCGCUACUGCGGCAUUUGCAUCAGCCUCCUCACAUCAGGCCGCUGCCUGUUUCCAAUGCUGUGCAGGACUAUGAUUAUUACUUUCUGUGUGGCUGUGGUGGCCGCCAUAUCUAUCAUCAAUCACCACUUUCUCUCUGCAACAGAGGCCCUCAGGUUUUGGACACCACUGACUAUCUGCUACACACUAUUGGUCGUGUACAUGCAGGAGGAACAGCACCGUCUGCCUGGAAGCCAGGCUGUCCUGAACACAGUGGUGGUGCGUCUCGGUGGUUUGCUGGUCCUGAUGCUGACUGUUGGACGCUGGACUGACGUGCUCCACAUCCUAAUGUGUUUCCUGGGUGAGGCCAGCUGUCUAAUCCCCACAAUGGAUCUGCUGGAUGCGGCAUCCUCACAGGAUGAAGAGGAUUUUACAGACUACGUAAAACGAGAGCAUCAACAAAGACUACGGGCAAAAGAGAAGGAGCAUCAGAGAUAGCCACUCGGAUUUUAAAAUUUAGUGCCACUUGUUUGAAUGCCAUUAUUAGUCUAAGCCAUAUUGGGGCUACAUCAACAAUGAAUGUUUUUGAAUGAUUUUUUUUUUCAUUAAA